GCCACAGCCAGUCCUCUGGAUGCUUAAUCGAGCCUCGCGGGGUUUGUCAUGCAGUCUGCGUUUUCGUCAUUCAUUAAAGAUACAGGCUCUAACUUUUACUAGGCCAAAGCCACACCGCACCGUUUGCUGUCACCCAGGGAGGCUGUCCGCGCUGUGGCAGUCGCCCGGAUGUAAGCAUAGGGUGGAGCCGAAAGAGACUGGCAGGCCGGUCGAUUUGGUGGGUGAAGGCUCAGAAACGCCGUGACGCCACCUCCGCCCCAGCACGUAAUGAAGAUCAGGGGUGGCAAGGGUAGGCUUUGCGUAGACUUAGCGUCCCAGCUGGUUCCCGUUCGCCACGUGACAAGGGCGUAGCUGUGAUUACGCACAGAGGUGCCUAGUACGCAGGCGCGCUCAACUUUCCCCCCCGACACGUGACGCUGCACUGAGGACGUCACGUGAAGCAGGCAGAGCGCACGCGGGCGGGGCAGGGCGCGGAGGCGCUCAGCGAGGACCCGAGUGCACCCGCUGACCAGGCAAAACUCCGCCGGGCGGGACAGCCAUGCCCAAGUACUGCAGGGCUCCGAACUGCUCCAACACCGCCGGCCGACUGGGCGCGGACAACCGCCCCGUGAGCUUCUACAAGUUCCCACUGAAGGACGGCCCCCGGCUGCAGGCCUGGCUGCGGUGCAUGGGCCGCGAGCACUGGGUGCCCAGCUGUCACCAGCACCUGUGCAGCGAGCACUUCACGCCCUCCUGCUUCCAGUGGCGCUGGGGCGUGCGCUACCUGCGGCCGGAUGCGGUGCCCUCCAUCUUCUCCCGGGCGCCGCCUGCCAAGAGCCAGCGGGGUACCCGAAGCACCAAGAAGCGGGUUGUGCCGCCACCUCCUCCGCAGGAGGCUACGCCCCAGCCCCCAAGCCACGCCAUCCCUGCCUCCGGCCCAGUGCACUUAGUGGUGCUGGGCCCUGCAGCGGGGUCCCCCGAGGCUGCGGCCACCGUGCUCCUGUCCCCCACUCCCGCUUCGCCCACUCUCGCGGGGCCACGGCCUGACGUCCCCGCCCAGCAGGCCGGGGCCGGGCUGGGCGCGGCGCUAGGAGCGCUGCAGCGGCGGGUGCGGAGGCUGCAGCGGCGCCACCGGCGGCACCAGGCGCAGCUGCAGGCGCUGGAACAGCUGGCGCAGCAGCUGCUGGCGCGGGCGCGCAGGGGCCUGCAGCGCGCGCUCCCCGGACCUGAGGAAUCCCAAACCUUCACCGUCAUCUGUGGAGGGCCUGGCAUAGCUGUGGUCCUUGCCCAAGGCCCUGCCCCUCCACCAGUGGAUGCCAAGCCUGAGCUCCUGGACACUCGGACCCCCAGUGCAUAAGGAUCUGGACAGAUACUGUCAAGGGACAGAAGAAACAAGAUGGAAGAAGAGAGAGUCGUCACACACAGGCUUGGCCCAGCCCCGCCGUCCAUACCUGGGGAGCAGCAAUGCCUCCCUCAAAGGUCUGGGUUCCAUGACCCUCCCUCCUGGGGACCCCUUGAACCUUAGGGGUGACCUGGGCCCAAGUCCUCCAUCAGCCCCCAGUUCCCUGGGUACCAGGCCUCUGCCACCCCUAGCUCAAAUCUUCGCAUCAGUAAAACACCUCAGGGCAGAACGCGGGUCGGUUACUUGGGGAGGGUUGUACCUGGUUUCUGAAGAGCCCCUCACACCUUUCGCCAAGGCUGGUGCUGAGCUGAGGGUACCGUGGUGACCACAGCUGAACACCGUCCCUGCCCUCCUGGUGCUCACCUUCUACCCGAGUAGGAGAUGAACUAGUAAACUAAUAAACGAGAAUUUCAGACUGUGA